AUGGUUAAAGAAAAUGCUUUCCCAACUGUAAAUGCUGAUGUCUGUAUUAUUUCUAGUGGCUGUUCACCUGAAACUAAUAACAGUCAUGAAAACGUUAAUCAACCAACCGUGGACUCUGACCUUGACCCUCCAGUGUCCGAAAUGAAUAAUCACUCAAAGGAAUCCAUUGAAGCAGUACAGCUCUCAAUUUCUGUUACCAAGGAACGAGCAGCUACCCCAAUCACUCAAGCGACCAAUGAUAACAGCAAUAUAGAACCAAAUGUUGGAAAAUCUUUCGUCUUAGCAUGCACCUCCACAACGGAACAAUAUCGAAUGGUUAGGUCGCUUACCGUUGAUUGA